CAACGCCAACGACACUACCUCAAGAUGCCUCACUCCUUCGGUUACCGCGCGCGUACGCGCCAUAUGUUCAAGCGGGGGUUCAAGGAGCAUGGCCCCGUUAAACUGUCGACAUUCCUCAUCAACUACCGCGUAGGAGACAUCGUUGACAUCAAGGCCAACGCCGCACAACAAAAGGGUAUGCCCCACAAGUACUACCAUGGACGCACCGGCAUCGUCUACAACGUGACCCCAUCCGCCGUCGGUGUGAUCGUGUACAAGGUCGUUGGAAACCGCUACAUCGAGAAGCGUGUUAACCUCCGUGUUGAGCACGUCCGGCACUCAAAGUGUCGUCAGGAGUUCUUGGACAGGGUAAAGAGCAACCACGAUGCGCACGUUGCAGCGAAGGAGAAGGGCGAGCGAGUGAACCUGAGACGUAUCCCUGCCCUUCCCCGAGAAGCCCGCACCGUCUCCACCGAGAAGAACGCGCCUCAGACGAUGGUUCCCGUUCCAUACGAAACAACUAUCUAGGUGGAUUACCCCCGUUUUCGUUGUUGUCAUUUUUUGCAUGUAUUAUGGCCAUCGACGUUUAUUGCUCACAUUCCCCGUGCACCAAAAAUCAUGAAAUUUCUCUUG